AUGUUGUCCUUAAGAUCUAGGGCAGCAAAUCUCGCUCACAAAACUACUGUUCUCACAUUAGUUGGUCUCACAGUCUUCGGUUUUGUAGAGGUAGGUAUACUGUUCAAUCGAAGACUCGUACAAAGUAGAGAAUUAGCAACGCAACGAGAAUUGAACAAAUUAUCUCAGGAAAUAUCAUCGGAAUCUAUGUCUUCUAGUAUAAAUGACGAUAAUAAAUCAAAGUGA